AUGGCCCGCGAUAACGAGCAUUUCUUCCCUGAUCGUCACGCCGGCGCCGGCCGCCGUGGUGAUGAUGGUGAUGACCAUGGUGGGGCCGACACGACCAGCGGCGAGUACAGCGCCGACUUCCAGUUGCCCCUGCCGCCGCUGGCCGACGAAGAUGCUGCCUUCCUCCGAGCCGUGGCGGCGAGAGCUGAGGCCGAUGCAUCAUCAUCAUCAUCGUCAGCAUCACCAUCUUCGUCCCGAGGCGCCCGUCGUCACCAGCCCCUACUCCGCAGGUUAAUUACCGCCUACGGUGCCGAGUCGUCGGCACGGGGCAUGCAACGCGGGCUGGCGCCCAUCUAUCAAGGCUAUCUGCUGCGCAUGUCCGAUGGUGUGAGUGUUGACGAACUGAUCAGCAAACAAGGUCCUAGCGACAAAAGAGGAAGAGAGAAGCUGUAG